UUGACGUCAAAGAAAUAAAAAAGUGAUUAUGUUGUUCGUAAUUUUGUUAUAAAAUUCGAGCUGCAAUCAUAUGAAUCUGAACAACAGAAUUUUUUUUUCUCCAAUUGGGAUUAACAUAUUUAGGCAGGGAAAUUAGGAGAGGUGCUUCAUGCUUCGUCCCUAAUUAGAGUUUUAGGAAAUGAUUUGAAACGCGUAAUUUCCGAACUAUUGUUGGGCCCAUACCUUUUUUGUGGGCCGAGUCGGUGGGCAUAUUCAGUUCAUUUCUUUCUUUUUUUGAUAUAACUAUAUAAUAUAAGUUAUAUAACCAUACAAUUCAUUUCGUUUUUGUUAAUCACUUAAUAUUUUUUAUCACGUAUAAUUAGUUUAAUCUCUUACUAUUUUUAUCACAUUUGAGUGCUUAUGAUCGUGACAAAAUCAUACAUAAAUUUGCCACGAAAUAUUGCAGAUUGAUACAAGAACGAUAUUGCUAAGAACCGCCGUUUUUUGGUCUGAUUUCUUGUUAACCACUUGACUUUGUUUAUACUUACAUAAUAACAUGUUUUUGUAAAAAAGAAGUCCAACAUUUUACAUGAUUUCUAUAAUACUGUACUUGCUAAGUCAAAUCAAACACGUAAUUUUCAUGUUGCAAUCUGGAUCACGAGAUCUUUGCGCGACAUGAAUGCCCACACUAUGAUCCGAGGAAUCACGCUCCUUUGGUCAACUCAUUUUCAUUUAAGGGUCCUUCAUUUAAACCAUAUCUUAAAAUAAUAAAUUAUAUGGUUGAGCUCAUACUCAUGGCACACUAGAAAUAAAUAGAGCAAAAGUGCACCGUACACGUUAUUGAUUGUUGGUGUAAGAUGUUUUCUCUUCCUCACGUUUGAUCUAAGAAUAACAAAGUAUACGUUCUAUAUUUUCCUCGUUGCUACUGGAGCAAUACCCGGUGUAAUAAAAUAAACCAUGCUACAAUUUUUCGUUAGGGAACUGUACAUGAUAUUUUGAAAUAUUUUUCUUACGAUAUUGAUUUAGGUCAAUUCAGCUACAGCAGUAUGGGGCCUGCGUUGAUUUAACCAAAAUAGUCAUAUCUACAAUUCUACAUAGACGUAUUCCACGAGUGAGUUGUUAAUGGUUGAUGGGGAGUCAAUCUCAUGACGAGUCACAUCUUUGCCGUACGUACGAUUAACGAAGGUAUGGUCCUAUUACAGAUACCACAUCCCAUGUAUUAAUCUCCACCGACUUCUCCAAUACUCUCUCUACCACACUUUGAUAUUUCUUGUAUCAUCCAAAGAUCUCACUUACAUCACUUCACUAUGUCCCCCUCAAUUUAAUUCUGAUCGCCCACUGUUUUUAUUACUUUGAUCUGUAUUCUACUCUAUUCACGUCGUCCACGACAAAAGAGAUGGAGAGUUAUAAUUGCGAAGAUAUGUGUCUGUUUAUAAACCCUCACUAUUGGUGAUAUUGGCAUUGACCCAUCAUCAAUUCACUGCGAUGCAUCUAACAUAGGCCAAAAACACAUGGCCAACAUACCUCUAUUUACUACAUCUCAAGAAUAUAAAAUACAGAAAACAUACUCUGAGAGAUAGAGCUAUAGACUAAUUGAGCAGGGAAAGUUGUAGAAAUGUAGCUAUAGGAGUGAGCAAAAGAGCAUGGACGCACUGAACAAAAUAAAUGAAUAUUCGUAUUGAUAAGUUUCUCUAUCAACAAAAUGAACAAUUUCAUAACAGUCUUAUCUAACUUUCCCUUAUUACCACCGUCCAAAAUCUUUCUACUUCUCUUCUUUCCCAGCUAAAAUAUCUACCUAUAUUUGACAUGACUUAAGUCUAGUAGAACUCUCCACAUUUAAGGAAAAGUAGCUAGUAUUGUUUAUAUAUUUACAUUUAUAUGAUUUGCACUGCUCUAUAUAGAACUAUUAUCAUUAUGAUGAUUUCCUACCAACUUCAACCCAAAAAGAUUGGACAUUUUUCUAUAUUUUAAUGAGAUUUUUUUGGACAAAUGUUAACGAGAUUAUUCCUAUUCAGUUUUAUAAGGAAAAAAAGCUUGUUUCCUUUUAUUGUGACUAUUCUGCUCAACAAAUAUUUAUGUAAAUGUAAAUAGUUCUGAAUUGAUAUAUUCCAAAAUAGGCAAAUAAAUUAGAGAAUUGCAUUAACAGUUUUGAUUAUUUUCCGGUUAAGCAAGUGAUCACAAACUAUUAUGUACACACGGUUAAAAAUAGGACCCACGUGGGUCUAAUUAAAUUACCACUCAUAAGUUAACCGUGGUUCUAGUGCAGUAAAAUUCCGUGUCAAUAAAUUCUCCACACUCCUCUUCCACUUCCCUGGCGCUCACUUCUUUUCAAGUCUCCCCCCCCCCUCUCUCUCUCUCUCUCGAUCCUCGCGUCUCUAAAGCGGCGACGUUUUGGUAGCUUCCGUUACAUUCGGUCAACGACAUAAGGCUGCGGUAAGGAUCACAGCUCCGACAAUGACGGUUUUCUCCGGCAAACAAGUGGUUCCUAUGGACUACGAGGCAGAGGUAUCACAGGGGCUUCUGGACGCCAUCCUCGACGGAGACAUCAAAACAGCAUCGGUUUGCGUCUCCGAUCCGCUCCUCGACGUGAACUUCGUCGGCGCUGUCAGUUUAAAAACGAGGAGGAGCGAGGUCGUGCUCCGUGAUGAGACGGCGAGCGAAAUACGAGUAGAGUACGAGGAGUUCAAAACUGAUGUAACGGCGUUGUUCCUCGCCGUUAAUUUCGGAAACGUAGCUCUCGUGAAGAUGUUACUGAACAUUGGAGCUGAUGUAAACCAGAAGCUAGUCAGGGGAUUUGCAACGACCGUAGCUGUAAGGGAAGGUCAUUUCGAGGUACUUGAGAUUCUACUCAAAGCCGGUGCUUCUCAGCCCGCCUGUGAGGAAGCUCUACUGGGGGCCAGCUGUCACGGACGCGCUAAGUUCGCUGAACUGAUUAUGGGAACUGAUCUUAUUCGGCCUCAUGUCGCUGUGCACGCGCUAGCCACUGCUUGCUGCAGAGGCUUUGUGGACGUUGUAGGGACCUUGCUCAAAUGCGGAGUAAAUGCUAAUUCAACGGACAGGCUUCUGCUUCAAUCUUCAAAACCUUCUCUAUACACUAAUGUGGACUGCACAGCUCUUGUUGCUGCUAUUGUCAAUAGGCAGGUCUCGGUCGUCCGCUUGCUACUUCAGGCUGGUGUCAAGACAGAUAUCAUGGUGAGGCUAGGAGCAUGGUCAUGGGACACUAACACUGGAGAAGAGUUCCGCGUGGGAGCUGGAGUGGCUGAGCCUUAUCCUUUAACCUGGUGUGCUGUAGAGUUCUUUGAAACCAGCGGUGAGAUAUUGCGUUUGCUGCUCACACUCCAAUCUCCAAACGCUCCACACAAUGGUCGGACGCUGCUCCACCAUGCUGUCCUUUGCGGUAACCAAGCAGCCGUCAGAGUCCUCCUCAGCUGUGGUGCUGAUCCAGAAACUCCUAUCAAAGGCAUUGAACUCCGACCGAUUCAUAUGGCCGCACGUGCCGGAUCGGUGGAGAUCAUACAAGAACUGGUUGGCUUUGGCUGCGAUGUAAACUCAAAGACUGAUGCUAGAGACACAGCGCUUCUGAUCUCAACAAGGCACAAACACUCAGAGUGCGUAAAGAUUCUAGCAGUAUCUGGUGCUGACUUCGCCUUAGUGAACAAGCAUGGCCGCUCAGUUAUUUCGGUCGCGGGGUCAAGCAAGUGGUGUCUCGGAUUAGAACGAGUAGUUCUUGAACUGAUACGGUCUGGUGUGGUUCCACAUUCAAGCGACGCUUUAGUUUUCUCUCCUUUGCUGUACGCAGCUAAAGCAGGAGACGCCGAGGCGGUUAAGACUCUUGUAAAAGCUCAAGAAGUCUUCCUAGACUAUCAAGACGAGGAAGGCUUCUCGGCUGCAAUGCUAGCGGCCAUGAACGGACACGUUGAAGCGUUCAGAGUCUUGGUCUAUGCAGGCGCAGACGUGAAGCUAUUCAGCAAAGGAGGAGACACCGUUGUUUCUCUGUCUGUGAAGAAUGGUAACUUAGACAUGAUCGAGAAGGUGAUGCUCGAAUAUGCUCUCGAGAAGGACAACAGGAGCAUGGCUGGUUUGUUCUACGCCCUACACUGUGCUGCAAGGCGUGGAGACGUCAAAGCGGUGAGGCUUUUGAGUGGGAAAGGAUACGGUCUGGAUGUACCGGAUGGAGACGGGUACACUCCUUUGAUGCUUGCGGCUAUAGAAGGCCAUGGGAAGAUGUGUGAGUUCCUGAUUAAACAUGGAGCGAACUGCUAUGCGAAGAACGGAAGAGGGAAAACGCUGCUGGACGUGGCUGUUGGUGAUGCGGAGGAGGUGAUCCGUGACGAGUUGUCUAGGAGGUUUGUGUUAAAGGGAAGCAGUGUGAUGAAACACACCAAGGGAGGGAAAGGGAAGAAGCAUGGGAAGGGGUUGAAAAUGUUGGAGUCCAGUGGAGUGCUGAGUUGGGGAAAGUCGAGGAAGAGAAACGUGGUGUGCAAGGAAGUAGAGGUUGGGAUGAGCCAGAAGUUUAGGAGGAACCGGAAAGGGAAAGGCGAUGCAGCUGCGGAUGAGGAAGGGGUUUUCAGGGUGGUGACCAAGGAGGACAAAGAAGUUCAUUUUGUGUGUGAAGGUGGGUUGGUUGGUGCAGAGAUGUGGGUGAGGGGAAUAAGAGUUGUUACAAGAGAGGCUACUUGUGGGAGAGCUCAGACUCAGAGUUAAGAGUGUUGCUUUUGUACAUAAAAGAAGUUUUGAGAAAGGAAGCUUCAUUCUGAAGGUAGUGUACUAGUGUGCUUCUGUUGUGUUGUUGGGGUGUUUAUAGUUGUUGGGUUUGCCUAAGAAGAUUGGUUUUUGAUAUCUGCAGUAUAAUUGUGAAAUAGCUUUGAUAAAUUUGAGAUUUCAAUGAAUGAAUUUGAAAA